AUGCCCGCUGCGACCUCAGCUAGCACAUCGCAUCCUCCGUCCACCUCUGGCAACGCCCCGAGGAGGCGCAAGAAUCACAGGGGAGGGAGGAAGAAGAAAGCCAGAAGAAAGUCAUUUGCUCUGCCCGCUGAUGAUAUCGCUCACGACGGCGCCAAUUCGGGCCUGGACGAGCCACAGGCCUUCUAUGCCAGGCCGGGUCGCAACCUGAGCACCACAAGCAUUGACAGCGAGGCCCUGCUAGACCAUCGGGACCAACAGCCGUUCCUUCGACCCAGACGCCCGUCGGUCAUGACAAUGAGCGCGUCCUUUCCGGCCCCACAAUCCGCCUCGAGGUUGAGGACCGCCACCAGGGCGGACAGUGAUGAGGAGGACGAAGGCGCGCCUCUCCUCUCCAGCCCGGUAUUCCAGAGAAGCGAAACCUUCCAGGGGUAUGGGUCGAAUGAUGCUCAGCGGAAGACUGGGCCAGCCGGGCGGCGCGAUUCGAGCAGGGCGAGCAGCAACAAGAGACAGCUUGCCGAUACCUACAACGUCAAUUAUCCUCCCUCUGUUCCAGGAUCUCCGACCCUCCGCCCAUCCGAUCACCCAAUGACCAUGAGUUUUGGUGAUGUGCUCCUGCGUGACGACCUCAGCAGCCCGGGUUCACCUAAGGCGAGCGGGGACGAGGGUGACACCCGACCGUCACCCCUGGAUAGAAGGAAGACCAUUGCCCUGCAAGCCCAAGAAGAUGUGUGCUACCCGCAGGAAGGCUUGUCAGACAUUGGCGACGACGAGCUUGCCGCCAGGGACUCGGCUUACCGCAUGCGGCCUCGUAGGCGUCGCAGGAAGUGGCCGGAUCUUUCCAUCCUGGACGAAUGGAGCCGAUUCGAGAAGGAAGGCCGUAGCGAGGAGCGCCGUGCCAAGAAAAUCACCGAACCACAAUUGAUCAACGGAAGGUUGAGGCCUGUCCAUCGGGGCUGGUUCCAGGCUGAAGAGGAGGCGCCAUACCGCUUCACUUACUUCAACGAAGAGUUUCCGAGCACCAUCCACAGCCAAACCAUUUCGGAGCUCGUACAACCAGGAGGCACAUUCAGAGAGCUUUUCAUUCCCGAUCCCCCGAUUCUCUCGGACACCUCUGACGGCGAGGAGGAAGAGCAAGAGGAGAGUAUUGAUUUACAUCAGGUUCUAGGAGGCCAGGUCGGGAACCCCAAGAUUCCAUCCCGGCAACCAUCUCUUGCAACCGCAACCCAGAUCUCCGCCGAGCGACAACACUCGACUAACAGCGAGGAUACGCAAGCCGGCUCGAGUGAGCAUACUCCGUCACGGCUCAAGUCGCCGGACCCUUUGAAAUCGUCGCAGAACGAAAAGCCGUCCAAGCCUCUCAAAUACGGGGACCGUCCGGUUUGGUGGCUGGACGUUCUUUCACCUACCGAAGCCGAGAUGAAGGUUAUCUCCAAGGCUUUCGGGAUUCAUCCUCUCACGGCCGAAGAUAUCAUGAUGCAAGAGCAGCGAGAAAAGGUCGAACUCUUCCGUAACUACUAUUUCGUCAAUUACCGCUCAUUCGACCAGGACCAGACCAGCGAGAACUUUCUGGAGCCUGUCAACAUGUACGUCGUCGUGUUUCGCGAAGGUGUGCUGAGCUUCCACUUCUCUGUCACUCCGCACCCAGCGAACGUGCGAAGGCGAAUCCGCCAGCUGCGCGACUAUCUUAUCCUUUCCUCCGACUGGAUCUCAUACGCCAUAAUCGACGAUAUCACGGACGUGUUCGGGCCUUUGAUUCAGAACAUCGAAGACGAGGUGGACGACAUCGAUUUCGCCAUCCUGCAGAUGCACUCGGAGGAGGACCAGGCCGCGAAAGACGACAAGCGGCGGCUUACCGAGAAGCCGGAUUCCGCCGAGGUAAAGUCAGCCGAGGCCGGGCGCGACAUGCUCCGGCGCGUGGGAGACUGCCGCAAGAAGGUCAUGUCGCUGUACCGGUUGCUGAGCAACAAGGCCGACGUGAUCAAGGGCUUCGCGAAGCGCUGCAACGAGCAUUGGGAGGUGGCGCCGCGCUCCGAAAUCGGCUUGUACUUGGGCGACAUCCAGGACCACAUCGUGACCAUGACUUCGAACCUGAGUCACUACGAGAAGAUCUUGGCCCGCUCCCACGGCAACUACCUCGCCCAGAUCAACAUCCGCAUGAACGAGCGGCAGGAGCAGACAGCCGACGUGCUGGGGAAGCUGACGGUCCUGGGCACCAUUGUGCUGCCCAUGAACAUUAUUACCGGCUUGUGGGGCAUGAAUGUUUGGGUCCCUGGUCAAGAGCAUGAGGGGGACCUCCGGUGGUUCACUGCCAUCACCGCGUGCUUGCUCAUGUUCGGUGUGGCGUGCUAUUUGAUUGCGAAGCGGGUGUAUAACAUUGUUUGA